UGCCGUCAUCCGCACGAACCGUCAACUAUGCUCCCGAUAACGGUCAGGUCUUCACCGAGACGACCUUCUCAAUGCCAGCUUCAAUGCUCUCGUCCUGGACCACCACCACCAUUGGGAGCCUUUACGAUGUCACUAACUUCAAGAACCGCGACGCCCCUGGAGCAGAUAGUCUGGAGCAGAUGGCGUUGCGCUCGAUCCUUGCUAACCUGAAUGAUUUGGACGUCGAGACGCUUUCCUGCGUUCCCUGGACUGUUGGCAGGAAGAUAUGGCAUUACAUUAUGCGCGUGCGUUUGGAUUCGUUGCGUACAUGGAAGAUGUUCGUCUGCGCCUAUCCAGAAGCGCGCGACGUAUUCAACAGCAAGACCCACAAAGUGUCGCUAUCAGACACGACGCAAAGAUUCACGCUGCCCAACAUCGUGAAGCAAAUCUCGGCGCCCGACUUCGAAUGGAUCAACCACCUCAGCCUCAAAGACGCCGGCAGCAUCUCGACAGCGGAGUGGACGAGCCUCGCAAAGCUCCCCAACCUCGGGACCCUGCAAGUGAUUGGCACCGAGGUCACCAACCUCAACGACCGCGUCUUGCGCGCCUGGAGCGACGAGGCGCAAUCCAACGGCGCGUUCCCCGAGCUCCGCGUCGUCAUGCUCCUCAACAUCAUGAGCAUCUCUAACGCCUCCUUCCAGCACCUGCACCGCCUCCCCUCCCUCCGGCUCUGCACCCUCGACGGCUGCGACAUCAGCUACGACAGCCGGGCCGAGCCCCGCGGUUGGAAGGCCGUGCCAGCGUACGUACGCACACAUACACACACAAUCCCCCAACAACAACAACAACAACAACAACAACAACAACAACAACAACCCUCAAUCCCCACCCAAACUAACCCCCCACAACA